AACAAAAUGGCUGACAGACGAAAACCCACAGGGAAUUCAAUACAGGAAAGUAGCCAGGAGACUGAACGACAAUUUAUGGGUUAGUAAGGAAUAGAAUCUAUACAUAACUUCCUUGUAAUAAUUUUUAAUCUUGUUAGCGCCAUUGAGGAGUUAUUAUUAAGGGUUUUUUUUUAAUUUAAAACUCUCUAUUUACCAGAUGAAACGUAAAUAAAAAGUAGAAAAUAGACAAUAAAUUAAAACACUUAGAGUCUUAGAGUGAAGUUAGUGUGACCUAGCAAGUUGACCGGGCCUUGAAUAAUUAAUAAAUAUAUAGGACAAUUAUUUAUUGUUUUCCAAAAUGAGAAUUAGGUCAAUUUACGCAAUCCUGUGUUGGAUUCUCUUCCAUUAUUUUAUUCUUGGAUUGUUACUAGACUUAACCUUUCUUUAAAAUGCAUCAAUGAAAAUAUGUUUUAAUCAUAAAUUAAUAAAUUAUAAUUUCAUUGGGUGGUUAAUGAUAAUUUUUAACUUUCCUCUGCAUUUUGGAAAAUUAGGUCAAUUUACGCAAUACUGUGUUUGAUUCUCUUCCAUUAUUAAAUUAUUUUAUUCUUGGAUUGUUACUAGACUUAACCUUUCUUUAAAAUACAUCAAUGAAAUGUUUUAAUCAUAAAUUAAUAAAUUAUAAUUUCAUUGGGUGGUUAAUUAUAAUUUUUAAAUUUUCUCGGCAUUUUAGAAAAUUAGGUCAAUUUACGCAAUCCUGUGUUUGAUUCUCUUCCAUUAUUUUAUUCUUGGAUUGUUACUAGACUCAGUGGCGUAGCGAGGGUGUUGGCGCCCGGGGACAAGAUUUGCGCCCGGGGACAAGAUCCAUUCUUAGCGCCCCUUUUUCUUUUUUUCAACUCUCAAACCAAUUAUUUUCAACUCUCAAACCAAUUAUUUUCAUCCAUAAAAUAAUAUCAAAGCACAUUUUGGCGCCCCUAACUAGCUAGCGCCCGGGGACAUCUGUCCCCCCCUGCCCCCACCACGCUGCGCCUCUGACUAGACUUAACCUUUCUUUAAAAUACAUCAAUGAAAUGUUUUAAUCAUAAAUUAAUAAAUUAUAAUUUCAUUGGGUGGUUAAUUAUAAUUUUUAAAUUUUCUCGGCAUUUUGGAAAAUGGGCAUGGUAUUGACAGUAUUGUAUUUUAUUUCUGACAACAUUUGGAUUUUCUUUUUGGUUGAAUCGCAAAUAAAGUGCUUAAAAGUGAUGUGUAUUCUAUGAAAUCUUAAGUUGGGUUUUCUUUAUUUUAAAAUUAUUUUUUUAUUGUUUUUCUUCAUCUUUACACUUUUAUUGUAUGCAACUAUAGCACACAUGUUUUGAUUGAGGGAAGGGAGCAUGAACUGACUGAAAUUACAGCAGGAAAGGUAGCGACUGCAGGUUCUUAUUACUUCUUGCCACAUAUCAAGAGUAAUACAUUGAAGUUGCUAUGUUCACCAUGAAAUUAAUGUACCGGCCGAAAUUACACUAUGACAGGGUCAACCAUAGGUCGUUGACAUUUCUUGCCACAUAUCUAGAGGAUAAAAAAACAAUAAAGUUGCAAUGUGCGCCAUGAUAUUAUAUACCGACUGAAAUUAUUUCAAUCAAUUUAAUAUUUUGUUCCAAUUUUCUUUUUCUCUGCAAUUAGCUAAAACUUUAAAAUAGCACAUUCUCUCUCUUUCCCCUGCCCAAUUUAGCAGACGUGUGUUUGUAUCCGCAUCCGCCAUCUUGGUUGCUGUGACCCAUGGCAGCCAAGGUGGCCACUGUAAGAAUUAAGUGGGUAAAUUUACCGAGAAUUAGUUUGUCUUUUAUUCAUGUUGGUUUCUAGAGGGAUUUUUAAUUUCUGCUUUCCACUUUAUAUACCACAAUAGUGCUGUGAAUAAAAAAAUUACCUGGAGCUUUCUUUUUUUAUCUUGUACAUGUACACUUUGUUUAAUAUGAUAUUCAAUUUUAAAAACUUUUUAAUAAUGAAUUAAGUUGAUAAUUUAUUUUUAAAAGUUAACUAACGGUGUGGAAAAAAAAUGCUUUUCUGUUUGCAUUGACCUUAAUGGACUUAUAAAAAAGAUUACUUCGUAGUCGUAAUUAUUAAAAUAUAUAAUCUAUUUUAAAAAAAUUUCAUUUUCAUAUUUCAUAUUUAUAAAAUUAUUGAGUGAGGAUUUAUUUUCUUCAUGUUCAGUCUCAGUUGAGUUAUCUUAUCUUCAAGUUCUGAAGCAGUCUCAGUUGAGUUAUCUUAUCUUCAAGUUCUGAAGUAAACUAGUCUUGAAUUGAAUUAAUAAGUUUAACUACACAGGUUAUUAUUUGCAUAUUAAUGAGCAUUCUUAUAUAACUCAGUCAUGGAAUGGCUCUAAAUAUUUCAUAUAUUAAUUUACACAUUAAAAAGUCAAGUGUUAUUAACAAAUUAAAAAGUAAAAAAUGGAUGUACUAAAUAUAAAUUCCCAUACAACACAAUCACAAAUCCACUAGUCAAGCUUCAUCAUUACAUACAUAGCUCAAUAAUAGAACAAUAACACCACACACAUAGCUCACUUACCUCAAGAGAUUAAAAAUCUGUGUUUUAUCUUUCUAAUUUUUAAAAAAUCCAAACAAUUUUAGGCAUAGAAGAAUAUUUUUUUAAAAUUUGCUUAACUUGACCACACUAUUAAUGUGAUCCUAUUUUUUUUAGAUCCCAAUUAACUAAUUAUGACUCCACUGAACAUAGUUAGUUAUAAAAUGUAUGCCCUAAGUGGCCAUCCAUAAAUGACUUCACAUCUUGUCUAGUGGGGAGGGGGGUCAGAUUAUAGUGACUUUUUGUGAAGAGGGGAGGAGGGGGGUCAAAAAUUGACAAAAUUUGCAUGAUGUCAUUUUUUGAUGAUCCCUAAUACUAAUGUGAGGGCUGCUUUCAGAUGACCAUGAGACAUGACUAAAAUUCAGUAAAUACUAGAUUAAACUUUAUUAAAUACCAACCAGUGGUGAUCAGAUUAUAAUAAUUGAGAGCUUUAGUUUUCAUUGAAGAUUUCAGCCAGCAUUGUCGGCUGACUCAGUAACUUUGGGUUUGUACAAGCUCAUUCAAUGAAUUUUACUUUUUAUUUUUCUUACCUCUACAGAUAAGUAUAAUGUAAAUGGAAUGCUUAAAGAUGUCUUAACCAAACUAAUUGCAAACAGACCAGAUGAUCCUAUUAGAUUUAUUGCAAAUUAGUAAGUUAACUUUCUGUUACGCAGCCCUAUUUUAGUAAGUCAUAACAUUAUUCAGUAGGUCCUAUUAGCAAGUAUUAGAUAUUCAUUUUAUGUGUCACAGAGACUGGUCCAUUUUUAGUACUUUUCUCAUGUUGCAAAUUUACAAUAAACGAAAAAAGCUGCAGAAAAUUAUGUGAUCAUGCAAAUAUUUGAGAAGGAUUUAACUUUCAAUCCUGCUCUAUAUCUAUAAGUAAGUUUGAAAAAUGUUAAUGAAAAAUGCAGGUAAGUCUGACAUCACUCUUUAUUUUAAAUGAUUAAAUCCCUUUUAUUGCUUUGAUGCCAGCUGUAAAUUUGUUCCUUUUAAUCAGUCGCCACUGAGACUAUUAACAUUUCUAUAACAAGGUAUGUAGCUUAUAGAGAAACAAAAAAAUUCCUAUAUAUUUUCCUUAGCUUUGAGGCUAUUGCACUUGAUGACCAGCCUGAAGAUAUUGUCAACAGAGCCCUCCAAGUUCUUUCUUUGACACAUUACAGCCGUCCAGUGUUUGAGACCAAUGUUAUCUCAGCUUUUGAUAUACUCAGUAAAUUCAAAAGUAAGAACAAACUGGUAUCCUGAAACCCAUCUAAGACUUGCCCAUAUGUCAAUGACACUUUUUUUUUUAAAUGCUUCCAUAAAGUUAUAUUUACAAUCAGUGAUGGCUACUGGUAUACCAGUCACAAUGAAAUCUUUGUAAUAAUAUGAUUCCAAUGCCUGUUGUGCUUCAUUGGUAAAAUGGAAGGAUGAUUAUUUCCUAUAAAUUUUCUGGACACCUCCACAACAUUGAGCAAAACAAAACCAACUUGUCUUUUUUCCAGUUUAAAUAGGGCUAGCAAAGAAGGAACUCUGUACUUAUAAAUAUUCAACAAAAACUGAGGAAGAGAAUUCAUAAUAAAUAUCAAUUGUUGAUGAACACUAUCCAACACAUAAUUAAGGAUGAUAAAUGAUAACCAGAAAUCUGGUUAUGGUUUUUGAAACAUAUAAUAUAACUGAUUGUUGAUUUUUUUCAAAAAGAUUUUAGAAUUUUUCAAAAUUGUAUUUAUAUAAUACAUAUAUAUAGGUAUAUAUAUAUAUAUAUUUAAUGAUUUAUUUGUUUGUUUAAAGUUAUUAUUUUUUUUAAAUUAAGAUUUAAUAAACAUUUCACGACUUUAAAAAUAAUAAAUCUACAGUGUUGUGUAGACCUAUAAGGAAGCAUAUACUUUAGAGUUUGGUCAUACCCCACGCUAAGUGUCAACCUUGCAGCUGCUACUUAUGAUGUCAACCUUGCAGCUGCUACUUAUGAUCUUAAAAAUAUAAUAUGUUAAUUUGACCUUGCUGCAGUUGAGAAUGAAUUGUAAAAACUGAUGACCAGUAUAAAACCAGCUUCUGAAAACCGAUAGCCAGUUUGUCAAAAAAAACAACGUAUACACAUCCAUAAUAAUAAUUUGUAUUUAAUAAUGCUAGAUAAUAUAUAUAGGCCUAUUGUAUAAUGAAUACACAAUAAUAAUUGUGAUAACUGUCACUUUUCAGUAAGUAAAAAACUUCAUGGGGUCAAUGGUGUGGUGCAUACACAGUUACUAAAGGCUCUGUGCAAGUAAGUUUUGGAAAUUAAUGCUUAGAAGUUUUAGCCUCAUAUUUAUUAAAAUAUUUAAAUUUGAGAUUUUUACUUUUUUUUUGUAAUAUAUAUAUAACAGUUAAUUGGUGUAUCCACUAUCAUUAAAUGCCAGAUAUAUAUUAGGAUCAUGUGCUGUAAAUUUUAGCCUCUAAACUCUCCAGCAGAACCUUGCUAAGUUGUGUAAAACUUAACUUUUUCUGUUUGAGAUAGACCUGUAGCCGUUAAUGUUUUCCUUCAGAAAUAUGCCACCUGCUGUUCAAGUGAAAUUGUUCAAGAAAAUUGAAUGUUCGGAGCAUGAAGCAGUACCUUUUACCAUUUUUAGAUCAACAAUUUUUACAUGUUGCGUCUUAACUGGUAAGAUGCUAAUUUUAAGAUCUCUUAAAAGCCCUGUCACCAAUGAUCUAUAAAAAGUUAUAGUUUGUAGCUAGGACUCCAUUAUUUUAAGUAUAAAUAAAUAAAUUUUCAUCUUAGACUUUUUGCAUCAUUUAUUAGUUCAAGAUUUUACAAGACCUUGCGGUAGUUUUUCAAAAGGUUAACUUCAGGGUAAUUGCUAAACAAAAAAAUAAAAAAUUCAGGUUUUUUCGCAUUGAAAAUUUAUUAACAAAAUGUAACAUUUUCAGUCCUGUAAAUUGGUCUGUUGCUAAAAUGUAUAAAGGUGAAUUUUUGAUAACCUCAACAGAUUUUAUUUCUAUGGCUGGAAACCUCUUCUUCACCUUAGAUGUUCAAAAGACAGGAAAUGCUGACAAGAAUUUAUGUACUUCAACAUUAGAUCAACUCAAGACAGCUCUCUCCAGCUCAAAGAAAGAUGUCAAAAGGUAAGCACAUCUCUUUUGUAACUAAAAUAUUUUACAAGCCUUUAUUGCACUUGAUAUAAUGAAUGCUUGUCUAUUACUAUUACCCUGGGUGAACCUAACCACCUGGUUGAAGUUAAGCUUGCUAUUUGCAAUCAAGGGAUGUCACUGGAAAAAUAAAUGAUUGUGAGGGGGGAAAAAUAAUUUUAAAUGACUUCUUAAAUUAUAAAUGAAAAGAGAAAAUCUCUUUUUGAACUAAACAUAAAAAAGGGUAUUUUCUUAUUAAAAUUGGUUUAUUCAUUUUGGAUUAAAGGGAUUUAUUCUAUGUACCAAUAAAAACUUGUAAUAAAAAAAUAUUGACAAAAAUAUUCUUAUAGGAAUUGAUUAUGCUUUAACAUCAAUGAUGAUCUUAAUAACAGUUAAAAAUAUAGACUAUGAUAAAGAAUUCAUAAUAUAUCAUUAAAAUUCCUUUUUGCUUAUUUCUUGGUUUCAGAAUAAUGGAGUCCAGCUACAAUCUUGGCCCUGAUAACCUGUACAAAGUACUUGAUAAGGUAAGGCUAAAAAAAAUUGAUGGUAAUCAGUUAUAUAUUGGAGCUUUUAUACACAAUCUUAGUAGCAAAAAAAAAAUAUUAACAGAAUUUAAAAUUUCGCCUUUACUGGCAAUGUUUAACAAUUUUAAUUUAAUGUGCUUUACACAGGCAGUGUCUAACAAUUUUAUUUGCAUCUAUAGUAUAGGUCUACAGGCAAUGUCUAGCAAUGUCAACAAUACAGGCAAAGUCUAACAAUUUUAUUUUAACCUUUAUAGGCAAUGUCUAAAAAUGCAUCCCAGUCAGGAUUGUACAAUCAUGAUGAAUUUAUCAUGGACGCCUGUGAAAUAUUUUUGUCAAAGGUUAGCUUAUUUCUCAAAAGAGCUUUUUAA